CAGGCAUGCAACAACAACAACAACCAUACCCAGGCAUGCAACAACAACCAUACCCAGGCAUGCAACAACAGGUCGGAUACAACCCAGCGUAGAGACGAACGUCAUCCGAUUAUCUUAUAGCAGAAUGUUGUCCCGUGGAGGAUAUUUUUAACGAUUUCGCGGGGGAUGGAAUUUGAAACUACAACAUUAACCUCAAUAAUCCGGAUACUGCACGGUACAGUAGAACCACGUAAUCCGGAUUAUACAAGUGUACAGUAGGAAUUCGUUAAUGCGGAAACUCAAUGUGUACAGCCAGCAGCCACAGAUGAUGCAGACGGUUGGGCAGCCUGGCAUGGUUGUUGUAACGAGCGCACCUGUCGCGGGACCUCCUAUCGUCAAAUCGUUCCGUGACACCCCACAGCGAAUGCAGUGUCCGAACUGUAGCCAAGACAUCGUGACUGUGAUGACCUUUGUACCAGGUGUCAACACGAUCAUCUGCUGUGUCAUCAUCGCUCUUCUCGGAGGCGUGCUUGGAUGUUUCCUCAUCCCAUUUUUCAUGGAUAGCUGCAAGGACGUCGUCCACAAUUGUCCAAACUGCCGGACCAAGUUGGGGCGCUACACCAAAAUGUAGCGGAGUAUUGACCACCUCUACUUUACGUUCGCGUAUCUUAACUGUAUAUGUGUUGUACUGUGAUAGACUUUAUUGACAACAUAAAUACAACGUUAAGUUAAUUUUACUUCAUUGUGAAUUUAACGCUGUUUACCAAGUAAUGGAUUUGCUUGAUAACCGCUUACAUCGAUCGAAAGCUUAUGUUUAUAUUCCAGCCCGAGUAUUUCAUGGAAAGUAAAUCGACUGUCGAACUUUGUACCAAUAGGACUUUUUUCGGCUACUGGAUAACCAUAUUGGUAAUUCUAACACGAUUCGUUUGCAACGCGUGUUUUGAUUGGAUACGGACCAUGUUAUAAUCUGCGAUAGAAUCAUGAUCAAUCAUGUUAAGCUCCUCCCAUCGCACUUAAGCCACGCCCCGUUUCUAACCAAAACAGUAUGGCGUCAAGCUCGCCUCUUAGCGAAAUCCCGUUGAUAAGGAUAGCAGAAAACAGAACAGAAAGGACCGACCGAUGAAAUUUAUUUGUUGAAUAAAUUAAAAAUGUAUAAAGUAAA